AUGGCUCUGUUUAGUGAACUUCCCACGCACAUUGUCAAGCAUAUUUUUGUGUUUGCGCUGCAUCCACAUAAUUGUCGGCCAAACCAGUCGGCUUGGGUGCGUCAAAUGCUGUCUGUGUGCCAUCAGUGGCGCGAGCUUGUUUUCGCAAUCAAUUUGAACUCGGCUCAUAUUACAUUCAGGGAUCGGGUCAUGUCAUUUCCGCCAUUUGCUUUUAGCGUCUUCCAAUCAACGAGAAUUGAUUCUAAUUUGUGUAUAAUUGCCACACUUGGUUGUGAGCGCUAUGUGACGGACUUUGAGAUUGACAUUGACAGUUUCACCAACAUUCGCACGGAGCUGGCGUACGCAGUGGAGAUGAUGCAAAAGUUUCGAGUGGUCCAGUGGCCCAAUGUCACAUCUUUGAUCAUUGAUAUUAGCAGCGACACGUUGAGCCUGCUUGACGAUUUGUUUGACGAAUCGGCAACAGGUUUGUUUGAUAUUUCUUAUUAUGCGUGGGCAAUAUCGAACUGCCUGCCUCAUAUCACCGAAAUCAAGAUUGAUGUGGAUUCCAAGGAGGCCGCGUUUUUUGCAAACCAAAUGAUCGAAUUACUUGGUUCCCAUCUGAAUGCAGUUAAAGCUUUUCAGUUGCCAAUGUCGCUAACCAUGUCUUACAUUUCGCCAGAGCUGACUCAACUACAUCUGUCAGCAACGUUGGUGGGCGACAGCAAGCUUCCUCGGGCCUGUAUCGAAACGCUAGAGUCUCUGACGCUGACGGAUAUGAUUGUCGGGUUUUCGUGGCGCUGCCUUUUUGAUGGAUGCUCUGCGGCUAAUCAACUUGUGUUCCCCCGCCUCAACCAGCUACAGCUUGCGUUUUCUCGUGCAUAUGCACCCCAUGCGUCAGUGAGAAUUGUCCCCGAGUGCGAGCCAAGGUUUCCUAGCCUGCACAAACUGGUAUUUGAGGACAGUUGUAAUAUCAGUAGUAUCAUGCACUCCACUUACUUACCAACAAGCUUGGAUUGUUUUAUCGCUAUGGGUGACUUUAAGUGUAUUGAACAGUGCUUGUUGGUCAUGCCCGAAACCGUCAAUAAGCUUCAUAUUGCCACUACCACAAUUGCUCUUUCGGACAUGCACAAGUACUACUCGCUGACAAACCGUUUGUUUAGCAACUCUGGUAGCUUUAUUCAGCAGGCCUCGCACGCGUUGUCCCAGCCAGACUUUUUGCUCAACCUGGAGCUGAUUGAUUGGUUGCACCUUUAUUCACUGGUUGCUCCUCCUCUGCACUUUGAUGCUGUAGUUGGGCUUUUGCAGUACCUUCCGGGCUUGCGCAUUCUGACGAUUACAGCCAUUAAAUGGAACAAAAAGCACGCGGUACUUUUUUCUGGCAAGAAGCAGCCAAAGGAUUCCUCAGCCUCGACGGUGGUAGUGCCAUUCGAUACACACAUUUAUAGGCUCAAGCUAAAUUCCUUCAGCGGAUUUCAUUCUCAGCGGAUGAUUGAGCGGGCUGUUGAGUAUCUUUUGAUGCGCAUUCGAACGCUGAAGAUUCUUCAUGUUGGGACAUCACAUUCUAGUGUGUUCCGCAAGGUUGUUAGCAACAACAGGGGCAACUACCCUCACCUCGAAGAUGUGGCAAUCCAAAUCAUGGACGACGAGUAG